CUAAAAAAAACUUGCAAUGCCAAAAUUUAAAGAUAUUUAGUAUUUUCUUUAUGUAAAUAAAAAAAGCAUUCAAUUUGUACAUUAAAUCUAAUAAAUUUUGCAUCCCUAAAUGAAUUUGCGUUAAAUUCAAUCUCAAGUUUUUCUUUUUUUUUAUAUUUUAAAUCGAGAACUAUAAAGAAGAGUCUGAAUUCUGAAUUACAUUAUGAACUAAAACUAAAGUUUUCAAUAGAAAGAAACAAGAUAAUAUACACAAUGCAUUCUAAUUUCUCUUCUCUUGUAUUGGUGUUUAUUCUCUUCUUUCCUUCAACCUCCUAUGCAAUCCCAGUUAGCAAAGUGAAUGCCAUUUGCAAGCAAACUAAAAACCCUUCAUUUUGUUUCACUCUUCUAAACUCACACCCCAAUGCAAACCUUGUUACCCUUACCCAAUACACCAUCAACAUAGCACGUGCAAAUGUCACUAACACAAUCAUAUUGAUCAAACAGUUGAUUGCACAUAGUGCUAAGGAUCCCAAGGGAAGAAGCCAUUACACAUCCUGUUUGGAACAUUUUGGCUCUGAGGGUGCCCUUGGCGAUGUUGAAUAUACUCAAGAGCUUUUGAAGAAACGAGAUUACGCAGGUGUUAAUACAGCUGCAUCAGCAAUAUUAACUGAUGUUGAUGAUUGUAUUUCGGGAGAGUCACCAUCUGAUCCUCGUUACCAUGAUCCUUCCAAGCUUCCACAGUAUGCUGCAGUUCUUGGGUUGGUUGUUGAAAUUAUUCUUGUUUUAUCUAAUUUUUUGGUUCAUUAGUUGCUUAGCUUUUGAUU